AUGGCGGGGUACAGGAACCGACUCCGCAAUGAUGGUGAAGAGGAGGGUCUCCUGGGCGAUCAUGUCGAUGGCCAAAGCUCCCCCAAGUCCAAGACCAUAAGCUCGUACCGGUGGACUCUAGUGAGCAUCACCGUUCUCCUAGGUGCCGUCAUCUGGAUAACGGUGUACUUGGUAACUGGCAUCAACGGUGGGUACCAAUGCUUCGCAGAUAUCUCGCACCGCUGGGGCCAGUACUCCCCCUAUUUCUCCCUCGCAGAUGCUAGCAUUUCGGACGCGGUCCCGGAAAAGUGUGACCUGAUCUUCGUUCAGGUCCUGCACCGGCAUGGCGCACGGUACCCGACUGCAUCGAAGAGCAAGCAGUAUAAGGCGCUGGUCGAGACCAUCCAGGCCAAUGCCACCGCGUUCCGCGGGAAAACUGCCUUCCUGCACUCCUACAACUACACACUGGGCAGCGAUGACCUGACCCCAUUUGGCGAGCGCCAGAUGAUCAGCUCCGGCAUCAAGUUCUAUGAACGCUACGAAGCCCUAACUCGGGACCACGUCCCCUUCAUCCGCUCUUCGGGCUCCUCCCGUGUCGUCGCGUCUGGCCAGAACUUCAUCCAGGGCUUCCAGCAGACUAAGACGCAGGACCGCGCCGCAGACCGUAACCAAAUAAGCCCGACGAUUAACGUCGUCAUCUCCGAGGACAGCGGUUCCAACAACACCCUCAACCACAACACCUGUCCAGACUUCGAGGCCAGCGAACUAGGUGACGAGGUCACAGCUAACUACACUGCCAUCAUUGCGCCGCCCAUCGUGCAUCGCCUGCAGUCCAGCCUGCCGGGCGUAACCCUCUCCAACAACGACGUCACCUACCUCAUGGAUAUGUGCGCCUUCGACACCGUCUCCUCUACCUCAGACGGGAGCAUCGUGUCGGCCUUCUGCGACCUCUUCACCGAGGCUGAGUGGACGCAGUACAACUAUCUCCAGUCGCUGAGCAAAUACUACGGCUACGGCGCCGGCAGCGCCCUGGGUCCCACGCAGGGCGUCGGUUUCGUCAACGAGCUCAUCGCUCGCAUGACGCACGCCCCCGUCCACGACGCCACAACGACCAACCACACCCUCGACGCACCGGGGGCCAGUACCUUCCCCGUCAACCGCACUCUGUACGCGGACUUCACGCACGACAAUGGCAUGAUCCCGAUUUUCUUCGCGCUGGGCUUGUACAACGGUACUGCCCCACUGCCACGCGACCACGUUCAAGCUGCGUCGCGCGCCGAUGGGUACUCUGCGGCCUGGACGGUACCAUUCGGUGCGCGCGCGUAUAUUGAGAUGAUGCAGUGUGGCGGGCAGGCGGAGCCGCUGGUCCGCGUGCUGGUCAAUGACCGCGUUGUCCCGCUGCAUGGCUGUGCGGUUGACGAGCUCGGUCGGUGUUACCGCGGAGAUUUUGUGCGGGGAUUGAGUUUUGCGCAGAGUGGUGGGGACUGGUCAAGUUGUAAUGCGUGA